UGUCAAAAUAUAUUUAUUAAAUAUAUUUUGGAUUUGAUGAACAUUGAGCAUCUCUGCUACAUUCGUCACUCCACUAAUUCAAACAUCUAAAACAACGAUCAUCCCACGUGGUUGGUUUGGUAUCGCGGGAAUAUCGGGUAUCCCUGUCUCAGCCCCACCGGUGAAGUGCCCAACCUUGCUGCGUAAACAAAACCGUUGACAGUAGAAAACUCCCUUACUUUUCCUCAAUUGCUCACAUUUCACAACAAUAACAACCGGUAGCGGCAUUUAAAGGCAGCACCGCGAACAGUCCAGGCCGCUGGUAAUUGUUUCUCGAGGUCAUCAUUGUGGUCCGGUUUAGUUUACUGUUCAGACAUUUCUUUCUUUUUGCAACAUGUUUUCAGUAAUAACUGUGAGUGAUUCCUGUGCCGCUGGUAAAGCAACCGACACGAGCGGUCCCCAUUUGGUGGAAUUGAUCAAACAGUCGCUGAAGACGGACACCGUGAACUACCUGUUGAUUCCGGACGAGGAGGAUUUGAUAAAACAAUCCCUCAUCUACGCUUGCGAUGUGCUCAAAGUGCGAGCGGUCUUCACGACGGGCGGCACCGGCUUUGCUCCACGCGAUGUCACGCCGGAAGCGACACGAGCGAUUAUUACGAAGGAAGCACCCCAGCUAACGCUGGCCAUGACACUGUGCAGCUUGGAGAAGACGAAGUUUGCGGUACUGUCGAGAGCGGUCUGUGGUGUGCGAAACAAAACGCUGGUCGUUAACUUCCCGGGCAGUAAAAAGGCGGUCGGCGAAUGCUUCCAAUCGAUCGUGGAUGUGUUGCCACAUUUGUUGAAUCUGUUGAGCGAAGGUGAAAUAGAGCGGGUGCGUGAAACGCACCGUAAAGUGCAGGCGACAGGGGACGGGCCAGUGCCGCAGGAAGUGUACCACGUGUGUCCCCAUGCAACCGGCAAGGGAGGAGAUGAUCGUAAUUCACCUUUCCCCAUGAUUGACGUGGACGAUGCGUUGAGGCAAAUUCUCGCUACCAUACCUAGCGUGCAGACGGCGCGGAAGCAGCUUAGUCGUGUGAAUAUUCCACCAUUCCGCGCAUCGAUCAAAGACGGCUAUGCGUUGAAAUCCAUCGGUGGCAAGGGUAUGAAGAAAGUAAUCGGUUACAUUUCCGCCGGCGAUGCGAUCGUGCAGACAAACUUUACCAUCGACGAGUGUUACAAAAUCAAUACGGGAGCGCCAGUCCCGCAGCAUGCCGAUGCAAUCAUUCAGGUGGAGGACACAAAGCUUGUCUCGCGCAAGAACGAUUAUGAGAGUAUUGUGGAAAUACUGGCCGAACCAAGCGCCUCGCUUGACAUCCGCUCGAUCGGUAGCGAUUUGCGAAUGUCGGAAGAGGUGUUUCAGUACCGGUUUCCGCUCGACGCGUGUCAACGGGCGCUGCUCGCCGCCGUCGGGGAGAAGGCAUCGGUGGUGAAGCUGAAGGUGGCCAUCAUUUCAACGGGAGACGAGCUGCUGCACCCGUAUGACACGAGUGCAGCCGCUGACGCCAGCUCGUUGGAGGGGAAAAUUUUCGAUUCCAACACUACCAUGCUGGUAGCGCUCGUGCGUCAGUGCGGGUUCACCGAGGAUCAGUGUGAAAUUCAGCAACGGGUUGUGAAGGAUGACUUUGAGUCGUUGAAAGCGGAAAUUGAAUCACUAACCGGAGCAGUUCACGUCAUCAUAUGCACCGGUGGCGUGUCGAUGGGCGAUAAAGAUUUCGUCAAACCCGUGCUAAAAGCGCUCAACUAUGAGCUGAUCUUUGGGCGUGUCAAUAUGAAGCCGGGCAAGCCGUGCGCGUACGCCACCAGCAAAGUGACGAAGUUUUUCGGCCUCCCUGGUAAUCCCGUGUCCGCGUUCGUUACCUUCCAUCUGUUCGCGUUGCCCGCGCUGCGACAAUAUCUUGCCACGCUAAAUGAAACGGCACCGAAUGCGGCUAAGGCAAGCCUGCCGAUGAUUACCGUUGAGCUCCUGGAUGCAAAAUAUGUGCUCGACCCACGACCGGAGUAUGCGAGGGCAUCGAUCGUAUCACGAAACGGCAAACUCCUGGCAAGCAUAACUGGCGGACAAAUUAGCAGUCGCCUGAAGAGCACUGUUGAGGCAGACGUCCUUCUCGAACUACCGGCAAGAACGGAAACAAAGCCGUACAUAACGGCGGGAACGCCGCUAAAAGCGCUCGUCCUUCGGUCGGAUUUUAUUUCUCGAUACGAGUAGAUCGAUAGUGCGUGUGUGCGUAUAAUUAUGUCUUCAAACAUCACGCGUUAAGCUUACACUUUAAACGUGCAAUGCAUUUUGCUCUACAAUAAACAUACACAAAUACAUAUACUAA